GUUGCGGAGGAGGACAAGUCAACCCAAAUUGUCCCAAGCGCAGCUGGGGUCGGCAGUAACUUAUAGCCGAAUUGCUUAAUUCAGUUUCACCGGGGAGUGUGCACAUUAACGAAACCUAUGGCACAUUGUGGAUUAUGUUACAAAUCGUCGGGGCUCGUGCUGCGUGUGUGGCUGCUGUUGAAACACAUCUAGACUUAGUUUUCCGUGUCUUUUUAGCUAUCUGGCUAGUUAUCAAACUAGCUGGCUUGCUAAUAAUACGGGGUUUACCUGUAUUUUCCUAGUAGAAAGUGUUUCAUCCCUGAAGAGUGUGGCUCCUGUAUAUUUCGAAGGUUUUCGGGGCGCGGACCGUACGACUGAACUCUACAAAAGGCCUGGUCGGAUUAAGAUGAUUUGCUAUUUACUGAGCUAACUAGCAGGUUAGCGACUCGAGUUAGCCAGCUACUUUCUUUAUUAGCUAGCUAGCUUACGCUAGCAUGUGCGCUAACUUUACAUUUGGUGCAUGUUGCACAAGUUCGUUACCUUUAAAAACGCCGAGAGUAGAUUCAUGAUAUGAAGUGACCAGACUACAGCGUUUAGUUAGUGUUCCGAGAUUGAUUCGGGGUUAUUCCUCAUGUGGGGAGUGGUAGGUGGCUAAUAAAUCUGUAAGACUUGCUGGUCGCAUGCUUUAACUUUUCAAGCAUAACGCUUGUCAGCCAUUUUAUCUAACUAGUCAAAUAUUUGUCAUAAUUAAUCAUUUGGUUCAGUUGUCCUGAAAGAGACACCACGUCAAGUGAAGUUAACCUUACAGUUAACGUUUGUGAUUCCGAAUGGUGAAGCUGUGCAGGCAAUGAGCUAGCAGUCGCUAGCAAGCAAGGUGACAACGGAGAGAUGUAUUCCCUGUCUCAGCAGGUUACCAAGUGUAGUUAAUUUUUAUUAGACCACCAUGUUAAGUCGUUUGUAUUUGAAGUAGUGAAGAAAGGGAACGUUGUUUGUGUGCGCUGAAUGGUGGACAGUCACUUCAGUUUAAAGAGAUAAGGUUACAGUUUUAUAGAAGAGGGAAGCUCCAUACUCCGCCGCCUCUAGACUUUAUCUGACAUCAUGGGGGUCUUGGGAGACGGAAAACAGACUUGUACAUAAUGUUUAGAAAAUGUGUUUUGGGCGUUAUAUAGGCUGCAUAUAGUCUGACAGAAUUUCUCAAGUGGUGUGCCUUUUCGAAAUAGUGUAUUUGUGAGUCACGACCGAGAUAAUUAGCUAGCCACUAUUUUUUAUAAAGGAUAGGAAGUUUGAACGUUUGUCAGUCUGGAUCAAGAAACCCUGUCUUUCGUCUCUGGUUGGAGUAACACUCCCAAGCCAUCAUCAAUGCCUUCAGCACUGGCCGUCUUUACUUGCCGCCCGAAUUCACACCCAUUUCAGGAACGCCAUGUCUACCUGGAUGAGCCAGUCAAGAUUGGGCGAUCUGUGGCUCGGUGUCGCCCUGCCCAGAACAACGCAACGUUCGACUGCAAGGUGUUGUCAAGGAACCAUGCUCUCGUCUGGUUUGACCACAAGACGGGGAAGUUCUAUCUUCAGGACACCAAGAGCAGCAAUGGGACUUUUAUCAACAGCCAGCGCCUGAGCAGGGGGUCUGAGGAGAGCCCUCCAUGUGAGGUGCUCUCUGGAGACAUCAUCCAGUUUGGCGUGGAUGUGACUGAAAACACCCGUAAAGUCACCCAUGGCUGCAUAGUGUCAACCAUCAAGCUCUUUCUACCGGAUGGCAUGGAAGCCCGGCGACGAGCAGAUGUCAUUCAAGCACCGUUACCACUGCCCAUUGAUAAGGUUGCCGCAAAUACGCCCAGUAUGUACUCUCAGGAACUGUUUCAGCUCUCCCAGUAUCUGCAGGAGGCCUUACACAGGGAGCAGAUGCUGGAGCAGAAGUUGGCCACACUGCAGAGGCUCUUGGCCAGCACGCAAGAGGCAUCAGAGAGCAGCUGGCAGGCUUUAAUUGAUGAAGACCGGUUACUUUCCAGGUUGGAAGUGAUGGGAAAUCAGUUACAAGCAUAUUCAAAAAACCAAACGGAAGAUAGCAUCCGCAAGGAGCUCGUAGCCUUACAAGAGGACAAACACAACUAUGAGACCACAGCCAAAGAGUCCCUGAGGCGGGUUCUUCAGGAGAAAAUUGAGGUGGUCAGAAAGCUAUCUGAGGUGGAGAGAAGUCUCAGUAACACAGAGGACGAGUGCACACACCUGAAAGAGAUGAAUGAACGCACACAGGAGGAGCUGAGGGAGCUAGCCAACAAGUACAACGCAGCUGUGAAUGAGAUUAAGGAUCUAACCGACAAGAUCAAGCUUGCAGAAAGCAGACAGGAAGAGAUCACACAGAAAGGCCAGAAUGAAAAGAAAGAGUUACAGCUUCGAAUCGACGAGAUGGAGGAGAAGGAACAGGCGCUUCAGGCCCGCAUCGAAGCCCUACAGGCGGACAACGACUUCACCAACGAAAGACUCACUGCCCUCCAAGUCCGGUUAGAGCAUCUGCAGGAGAAAAGCAUAAAGGAAAACAACAGUUUAGACCACUUUCUUUUAAAGAGUGGAGGGGACUGCACUUUAAUCCAACAGUUCAUUGAGUGCCAGCCCGUGAAGCAGCUGAAGGAGGCAGUAGAUUCUUCCAUUCACAAGCUGUCCAAUUUUGAUGAUGUUAUAGAUAAACAUCUUCAGAACAACCAGACGGGAGACGACAACAGUUUAACCAGUCCUGACAGAAUCAAAGUGGUGUCUUCCGAUCUCCUCUUAGAAAAUCAAAUGGAUGCUAAGGAGUCUGAUAUGUCAGACACGCUGAGCCCCAGUAAGGACAAAAGCAGUGACGAUACCUCAGACGGACAAAUGGACGAGCAGGAGCUGAAUGAGCCCCAGAACAGGGUCGCUCUGCUGAAAGAUGAACUACAGAGGGCUAAUCUGGAGCCAGGAGACACAGAGCAGGUCAUCAACCACCUUCACAGAGAAUUACUGGAGGCCCAGGAACUCGCCAACACCGGCAAGCAGAAAUGUCUGGAACUACAAGCUCUUCUUGAAGAGGAGAGAAGAACUAACAGGCAGCAGACUGAGGAAUCUGCUAAGCAAAUUCAGUUCCUGCAGACCCAGCUGAGCAAACUUCAGUCAGACAUGGAGGCCCUGCGUGAACAGAGGGAGAGCACUAUUACCAGCACGCGGGAGGAGCUGUACAGUGCACAGGAGGAAGUUUUGGUGCUUCGCCACGCCAUGGAGGCUGCCACCGCCGAGCGGGAACGCGAGAUCGCCGCCCUUCAGGGAGACCUGGGCGCAGUUACCAGCGAAUUAGAGAAGUGGAGGCAGGCCGCGGCCAAGUACGAGUUGGAGAUCGGCACCCUGCAGGCCAGUUUCCAGCAGCAGAGCCAGCACCAGGAAAAAGCCAGUCAGCUGCAAGGUGAGCUGGAGAAGCUUCAGAGAGAAUGUUCUAGUCUGCAUAGAGAGUGUGAAGCCUUGCGCUCUGAGAAAGUCACUCUACUGGAGAAACUCCAGAGGCUAGAAGUGGAACUGGACAGUUCUCGAGAGCAAAGCGCUACGUUGAGCUGCAGUCUCAAUGCCCUGGAAAAGUCCGCGGGGGACCUGGAGAAUAAACUGGGUUCUAUGCAGGACCAGCACCAACAGGACGCCAGCAAGCUCCGGACCCAGCUCGCCCAGGCCGACACCCGCACCAAGAGCCUGCAGAAAGAGUAUGAGGAAACACAGAGCCAGCUGUCUGACCUGAGACAGAGGUAUGAGCGGACCGAACAGGAGAAACGCUCAAUCAAUGACGAGCUGGAGCAGUGCAAGGCCAACCUGAAGCUCCUGCAGGAGAAGGGCAAGAAUAGUGGCUGGAUGCCCUGGAUGCCAGUGGUCGCUGUGAUGGUUGCCGUGACAGCGGUGGUGCUUUACCCGGGCCUAUCCAAGAGCACCUCCUGAGAGCCAGACUGUCGAUACACCCCUAUCACCACCUUCUCGUCCCUACUUCAGCCUCUGUCCUGGAUCGCAACACGAUCCACUCUCCAAGUUCACUUCAUUUUAGCCCUGUACACAGGUCUAUGUUGAAUCAGAUACCUCCACUUCUGAGAAUACAGCCCCAGGGUUUCCAAGAUAACUGUAUAAAAUGCAAUUGUACAUAUUAUAGAAAGAGAGGGGAUAUAAGAGUUGUAACUUCUACUAUAGAUUGAUUACUAUAUUGGUAUUUUUUGUCAGUUAGAUGGGAAUCUUGACAUUAAAGUGGCCUAAAGUAGGCUUUUUUUUCUCCGAUGGGUACCAAACGUUUUCUGUUGGCGAGUUUUAGUUCACAUUUUUGUGGUUUGCCAUGUUCGAUGUUAAUGUGGUAUUCCAAAUAGAUGUAAAGCCAAAUAAAUUAUCCUAAUGAUAGGGCACAAGGGGAUGAAGUGCCUAUUGUAAAUUCUACUAGUGUUGUUUAAUCACACAAACACACACACACACACAAAAUCUAGUCCUCAUUGAAGUGCCACUCAUGCUCCUACUGCGGCGUUUCAUUUGUUUUUCAAGCAAUCUCACUCUAUCACACACAGUCUUCUGUGCUGUAGUUGUGUGGUCAAACCAACAUGCUUGUAGCACAGUAAUGUCAUUGUACUCUAUCAAUGUUUUCUUUGUAUUGUGUAUGAGCAAUUCUUGUCAAAGACACUACAGCACAUAGGUAAUUUUAAAAUUAAAAUUCCCUUAUAUGUAGGAUUGUGGUCAAUGUAUGGGGAAUGAGGCAUUGACUUGAAUAUAAUUGUAGCUUUUAUUGACCCACUGUCCACCUAAUUGGAUUUAAACCAACUAACUGGGCACUUGUGCUUUCAGUUUGUACUUUGGGCUGUCACAGAAUAAGUGGCCUACAAAGUGGGCUCCAGUUCCCUUACUGUAUACAAACUCUUUCUGCAGUACCACCUCAUCAAGGCUCUGGGAAAAUGCUGCCUUAUUUGUAACACAGAGUUCUUUCCACUAAAAAAUGAACCUGGAUGUAAAAAAAAAAAAGAAAAGAAAAGAAAAACUGCAAAACAUGAGAAAUGGCUGGUUGGGCAUUGUCACAGCCCACGUUACAGAGGCGCAGAAAUGUUCACUAGGUGUCAUAGUGUGGCGGGUAACAUGGGAGUGAAAAUGGUUAAACUGAGAUGAUUGUAUUGCUUUGAGACUCUAAUCGAAUUGAGCAGUGUAUGUGUGUUUAUUAAAAAGAGAGAAAUAACCAAUGAUCUAUGUAGUGUUGGGUUCACCUUUUGUCUGCUGCGCUGUAAAUAAACUCUUGGUUAUGGAGUAAAAUGAA